CGGCGGCGGGGGCGGAACGGACUGCUGCAGCGCCCACCCCGUGCCAGACACCGGGUGAAAUAAUCCAGAGUCUGCUCUACCUCUCUCCCUUUGCAUUGCCUUCACAUAUCACUUCAAGGAACAGUGACUAGACUUAAAAUUCCACAGAUAAUCCAAAAAUAUCUGUUCAAGUUGGCAUCUAUCAACAGGUGACUUAAAUCUUGAAUAGAGGAGCAGAAAUGCCACCACCAGUAGGUCCCCCCCUAUACCCACCUCCUGAUGGAGGCUGGGGCUGGGUAGUGGUUGGAGCAUCUUUUAUCUCCAUUGGAUUUUCAUAUGCAUUCCCCAAAGCUGUCACAGUGUUCUUCAAAGAAAUUCAGCAAAUAUUCAACACUACUUACAGUGAAAUAGCCUGGAUAUCAUCCAUUAUGCUGGCUGUUAUGUACGCAGGAGGUCCCAUAAGUAGUGUUCUGGUGAAUAAAUAUGGUAGCCGACCAGUGGUGAUGGUAGGAGGUUUAUUAUGCUGUUUGGGAAUGGUCACAGCCUCUUUUAGUACCAGCGUAAUAGGGCUUUACCUCACUACUGGAUUCAUUUGUGGUUUAGGUCUAGCCUUCAACCUGCAACCUGCCCUAACAAUCAUUGGCAAAUACUUCUAUAAGAAACGGCCCGUGGCUAAUGGCCUCGCCAUGGCAGGAAGUCCUGUUUUCUUAAGCACGUUGGCUCCUUUCAAUCAGUACCUUUUCAAUACUUUCGGCUGGAAAGGAAGCUUCUUGAUUUUGGGGGGUAUACUGUUGAAUGCCUGUGUGGCUGGGUCCCUCAUGAGGCCCGUUGAACCCAAACAAGUUGCCAGUCAGUCUAAAAAUAACAUUGGCAUAGGAGUGGAUGACUCAGGUGUGAGGAGCCAUAGGAAGAAAUCAGCAUGGGAGAUAGUCAAUAUGUAUUUAGAUUUCUCCCUUUUUAAGCAUAGGGGAUUUCUGAUAUACUUAUCUGGAAAUGUCAUUAUGUUUCUAGGGUUUUUUGCCCCCAUUAUAUUCUUGGCUCCAUAUGCUAAAGACAAAGGAAUUGAUGAGUAUUCUGCAGCUUUCCUGCUGUCUAUUAUGGCUUUUGUUGAUAUGUUUGCUAGACCCGCUGGAGGACUCAUUGCAAACUCUAAACUUAUCCGCCCCCGAAUCCAGUAUUUCUUCAGUUUUGCAAUCAUGUUCACUGGAGUGUGCCAUCUCUUGUGCCCACUGGCAGAGGACUACACAAGUCUGGUGUUAUAUGCUAUAUUUUUUGGUCUUGGAUUUGGGAGUGUUAGCAGCGUGCUCUUUGAAACUCUCAUGGACCUGGUUGGCCCUCAAAGGUUUUCCAGCGCUGUAGGACUUGUCACAGUGGUGGAGUGUUGCCCCGUUCUCCUUGGUCCUCCUCUUGCUGGUAAAUUGGUGGAUCAAACUGGACAGUAUAAAUACAUGUAUAUUGCCUGUGGCGCUAUUGUGUUCCUCUCAAGUGUGUGGCUGCUCAUCGGCAACGCCAUAAACUACAGAUUGCUUGCAAAGGAAAAGAAGGAAGAAGAAAGGAACAAGAAACUGCAUACACCUGAGUCCAGAGAGUCUGAACCCUUGAACAAAUCUAAACACCAUGAUGUUGAUGUCAGAAGUACAAGAACAGAGAAUAAUUCCUCCGAAAGAGAAACUAAUAUUUAA